GCUAAACAAACCUUUGUCUUUUUAAUUUUAUCACUCACCAAGUUUAGCAUCAUAUCUUCUCCUUAACCACCAAGAAAUUCAUGCUCCUUAUUAAGAAACUUGAGCCACAUGGUCCAUAGAAUUGACAGAGUCCCAUUCUCAAGCAUAUUCAAGAUAUUAGUAGUAGAAGAGAGAGUGAUACAUUGAAGUAGUGGAACAGAGGAGGCAGAGUAGACAAAGAUGAGUGCCGAUUGGGGACCGGUGAUCGUCGCGGUGGGGCUGUUCAUCCUCCUAUCUCCAGGGCUGCUCUUCCAGUUCCCAUCAAGGUUUAGGGUUGUUGAGUUUGGAAACAUGAGCACUAGUGGAAUUUCCAUUUUAGUUCAUGCAAUCAUUUUCUUUUGUAUACUUACCAUCUUGGUUAUUGCUGUAGGCGUUCACAUACACAUUAAUUGAUACAAAUCAAUCCCAAGUUUCAUAGAAUUUGACAAUCUGUCCCAUAAUUAUGUUUUUUAUUUCACCUUUUGAACUUUCUUCUUCUUUAUGUCUUCUGUACUGUGUACCAGUGCUGAUGAUGAUCAAUUGUUCAAAUUAAAAAAGGGGAUAUAACUAUAGGAAUUAUAUAUAUUAUACCUUUUGUUAUUGCGUGAUUUACUUUCUUUUGCUUUAGCAAUGCUUAUUUUGUAUGUAGCCUAAUAACAGGCUGGUCUUCAAUUGGACCUAACUAAGGUAACUAGGUCUGAUCCACUUUCAUAUAUCAACUUAUCAAACUCGUAGCAAUGGUUGUCCAAAAAAUCUCGUGGUAAUGCCGUAAUGCAACUGAGAUUUCGCACAGAUGGAAGAUUUGUAGGUCUCUCAUAAAGCUGUACCAAGAUAUAGAACUUUUUUAAGUGCAAGUGUGGUGAGUGUGUGUAGUGUAAGAUGAAAU